AUGGCUUUCCCUGGGCAGCUGUGUGGAAAGAAUCUUCACUCAAUGAAGGCCUUGAAGCUGUAUUUUGCUGGCCAGUAUCUUGUUUAUCGCCUGCAAACAUCGCAGUUCCUCUACGAACAAUUGUCAAAUCCUUACACGAAAUUGUAUUUCACAUUCCUUAAUUACGUCAUUCCACUAGUCACCAAACUGAAUAUUAUUUUCCAGGCAAAGUCUCCAUCUGUCCAUAAAUUCCAUUCGCAUUGUGUUUCGGCUUACAAGGCUUUAUUAAGCUGCUUUGUAAAUCCAACCGUUGUCCAAAGCCACGCCACUGUGACCGAUCCUUCUGAUCCGGCUAACCAUCUACCUUUAGCCCAGCUAUAUCUUGGAGUUGAAGCUGCAAUGAUGUUGGCGACCGACGAAUACAAGGCACUGGAUAAAGAAGCUUUGGCAGAAUGUUUUAGAAGGUGCAAGCAAUUCUACACAGAGCUUUGUUGUCAAUUGAAGAAGAGAUUGCCACUGGAUAACACAGUCGUCAAAGAGCUGAAAUUCCUGGAUCCCCAGACAGUAGUUUCAGGUUCAAUUCGAAGUAUUGCCGACGUUGCUUCCAGAUUUCCUAAUGUUGUUCCUCCAGAGAAUCUACAAAGUGUUGACCAGGAGUGGAGAGAAUUCAUGUACGAUGAGGAAAUCUCUACUUUGGCUGAUCGUUGUUCUACAGUUCCAACGGAAGAAUUCUGGGGAAAAGUUCCAACCGACAAGUACCCAAAUUUAGCAGCAUUCGCAAAGGCUAUGUUAACUAUACCAGUUAGCAAUGCGGAUUGUGAACGUGCCUUUUCCCAGGUUAACUUGAUCAAAACCAACCAACGAAAUAGGUUCUCGACGGAGGGCGUUGCUUCACUGCUUUUUGUCAAAGACGGCGUAAAGAACAUGGCUGAAUCGUGUGCGACUUUUGAGCCAUCUGACGAAAUGCUGUCAAAUUUUAACAAAGAUAUAUACCACAACGUAGAAGCUGUGUAUGGAGAAGAGGCUGACGGGGAAGAUUCGGAAGAAGUUGACGCUAUGGCUAUGCAUGCAGAUUGA